GGGGUCUCCUGGCACCAGCCAUGGAGCCGUACGUGCUGCUGGACCCGCGACAGAGAGCGUUGUAUCGCGACGUGAUGCAGGAGAGCUACGAGACGCUGAUGGCGCUGGAAUUCCCAGUUUCCAAGCCCGAUCUGCUAUCCCGCCUGGACCACGGGGAUGAACCUACAGCCCUGGAUCUCCACGUGCCCCGGGAGACCCCAGCCCCAG